AUGACACGGGCUCAAUUCAACAAAAUCUUUUAUGACAAGUACUUUUCUCAAUGCUUCCGGGACCGAAAGGUUUCUGAAUUCCAAGAACUCAAGCAAGGCAACAUGUUUGUAGUUGAGUACGAAGCUAAAUUCACUAAACUAGCUCGAUUUACUCCUCAUAUGGUGGAUACGGACUACAAGAAGGCCCAAAAAUUUGAAGGUGGAUUAGACCUAGAUGUAUUUGAUCGUGUAGGUGUCUUAAAGCUACCUACAUAUGUGGAUGUACUUGACAGAGCAUUGAUGACAGAGGCUAAUUUGGCAGCAAAGAAACAAGUUAAAACACUAACAACAGAAUGGAGAGGUAAAAGGUCUGGGUAUGGUUUCAGAAAGGGCCGUUCUUUUGUAAACAACAAGAAGCAAAAAACGGGUCUACUAGUAGCACAAAUAGACCAUGUAGUGAGAGAUUGCUCACUUGGAUCUGAUAAUGCCAACUGUCCUACAACAAGUUUAGCCGGGUCCACUUCUGUAGCUAGAACAAAUACGAGAGCCAAUACUGGAAGAGAAACUUUGAGACAAGGCCGAGUUUUCGCAUUAGUGCCUGGUGAUAUGCAGAACACCGAAGCUGUGGUGUCGGAUUGGUUGACAAAGUAUUGUGCAACUAUUGAUUGUGUGAAUGAAAUUGUUGUGUUUCGACCACCUGGCAUGCUUGAGUUCGUAUUUGCUGGGAAUGGGGUAAUUCCUUUACCGUAUUUGAUUUCUUUUGUGAAACCCAGGAAGUUAUUAAGAAAAAAGUAUCGGGGUUACUUAUGUUGCGUUUUGACUGUGACUUCUGAUAAUUCUACUGUUGAUUGUAGUAAAUGA